GGCGUGCGAAUCUGACGCUGGCCCGACGGUGGCCUGACGGUAGUCCCAGGGGGACUGCAGUUGCGAACCGCCAGAAGCCGCAGCGCGCAGCCCGUGGGAGGACCUCCGGAGGACUAGCGAGUCUCUCGUCGCGCAGACCCAGCCGCCAUCAUGGUCGUCAUCCUGGUCAUCGCCAGCGUCGCCCUGUCGCAGCUCGCGGGGGUGGCGAUCGCCGCAGAGACCCUGCCGCCCUACAUCAGCCAGUGCCGGUGGAGCGACCCGAAGGUGACGGAGUGCUUCGUCCACGCCAUGAUGCACAUCAGGCCCUGGCUGGCGCAAGGUAUCCCGGAGAUCAACCUGCCCGCCGCCGAGCCCUUCCGCCUCAACGAACUGUCGCUGUCGCUGACGACGGGCCCCAACGGCUACCGCGUCCACCUGAGGGACAUCGACUUGUACGGCGCCAGCAACUUCUCCGUCUCCAGGCUGAGGCUGGGCGAGAACGGCGGCCCGUUCGACCUGCAGAUCCGCAUCCCCUCGCUGCGCAUCAAGGCGGACUACACGUCCUCCGGGGUGCUCAUCAUCAUCCCCGCCUCCGGCAAGGGAUCCUUCAGCGCGCUGCUGGGUGGCGUCAACGCCGUGGUCCGGGGCACCGUCAGCACCGCGCCGCGCGACGGCAAGGACUACAUGCGCGUCGAGAAGCUAAACGUGGACCUCAAGAUCAAGGACGUCAACAUGGGCAUCAAGAGGGCCUUCAACAACAAUGCCAUCCUCACCGAGGCGACCAACCUGUUUCUGCGGAGCAACGGGCACGAGGUGCUGGAGGCCAUGAUGCCGCAGCUCCGGCUCAAGAUCGCCGAGGUGUUCAUGGGCCUGGCCAACAGCCUGCUGGCCAAGGUGCCCGUGCAGUACCUCGUGCGAGACUAGCCUCAGCCUGCUGGCCAAGGUGCCCGUGCGGUACCUCGUGCGAGACUAGCCUCAGCCUGCUGGCCAAGGUGCCCGUGCGGUACCUCGUGCGAGACUAGCCUCAGCCUGCUGGCCAAGGUGCCCGUGCGGUACCUCGUGCGAGACUAGCCUCAGCCUGCUGGCCAAGGUGCCCGUGCGGUACCUCGUGCGAGACUAGCCUCAGCCUGCUGGCCAAGGUGCCCGUGCGGUACCUCGUGCGAGACUAGUCUCAGCCUGCUGGCCAAGGUGCCCGUGCGGUACCUCGUGCGAGACUAGCCUCAGCCUGCUGGCCAAGGUGCCCGUGCGGUACCUCGUGCGAGACUAGCCUCAGCCUGCUGGCCAAGGUGCCCGUGCGGUACCUCGUGCGAGACUAGCCUCAGCCUGCUGGCCAAGGUGCCCGUGCGGUACCUCGUGCGAGACUAGUCUCAGCCUGCUGGCCAAGGUGCCCGUGCGGUACCUCGUGCGAGACUAGUCUCAGCCUGCUGGCCAAGGUGCCCGUGCGGUACCUCGUGCGAGACUAGCCUCAGCCUGCUGGCCAAGGUGCCCGUGCGGUACCUCGUGCGAGACUAGCCUCAGCCUGCUGGCCAAGGUGCCCGUGCGGUACCUCGUGCGAGACUAGCCUCAGCCUGCUGGCCAAGGUGCCCGUGCGGUACCUCGUGCGAGACUAGCGACGUUCCCAUGGCAACACAAUACUCUCCGUGGCCACGAGGACGCGCCCUUCUGUGAUCGACAAAAAAAAACAGCAAUACUCCUCUAUUGCUGCAAAAAAAAGUUACCUUUACCGCUCCUGCGUAGAGCAGCGCAUAUUUAUGAAUUAACUUCACGGUGUGUCAUCGAAAACGUAGAUUUUAAACAAAUAUGAAAAGACUGCAUUCCCAUCCCAGCUGCCUCAUGCCUGUAAAUAAUUUUCGCUUCCACCGUUGUGAAUUUUGUGAUUUCUUAGGCUACUUUUAUAAAGUAAUAAUAAUAUAAGUUAGUGUUUACUUUGAA